CAUUCAAACAAAGAUGCAUGCCAUCGUCUGCGUUUCACUUUUGAUCGCAUCAAGAAGCAUUUAAUUUCAACUAACGAUUGGAAGGAGUUGGGAGUUAUCCCGUUGCACUUCGUUAUCCCAGUUUCGAAAGCUUAUUCAGGGUGCAACGUCGAAGAUGAGUUCCGGAACUUUUUCGAGAACGUUGAUAACAAUUUCAAUGCCUUCCUCGACAUUAUCUCCAUAGGCACAAAUCUGCGGGUCAAAGAUCCUGGUGUACGCGUGGAGAUUGGCUCAUGGGACGACAUCAAGACGGAUGUGCCUUCACUAACGAAACACAAGGACUUCAAGCAUGUCUAUAAAAUGGACAAGAUGCUACAACAGUAUUCGUCAUGGUGGGUAUAUCAGUCACAGGAGUUCGACCCGAUGGAGUCGCCAUCAAGUCAAAACAUGUUUUCCAGGAUUCGCAAAGCACUCUCUGGUACAUUAGUGAAUCAUGUGUUCCGUCGCACCACCAGAAUACUAACGGUGCAGAAGGAUAGACACGUUGAGCCGAAGACCAAAUUCACCACUGAGUCACCUAGAACGACGCCUGUGGAGGCAGCUACACAACCUGGGAUGAAGCCUGUCCCGCAGUACAAAGCUGGAUUAAUGUCUGGGCUACUAGGUAAAGAAUCUCCUACCGAAAGUGGAGAAGUUGAUGAGGAGCCAUUGAUAGAUGAGGAACGCACCCAUGGUAUUGAAGCAUUCUACAACAAGAAGAGUCAAGGUGGAGGCGCAGGCACAAGUCCUAACAGCAGCAAACAUUCUGAUAGCAAGUACAAGCCGUACUUCAUCCCCCUGCUGAUACUCAUAAUCAUUCUGGCAUUGAUCAUAAUCUUCCUCCUGAUCUGCAUCAUUCUCAUGAUGAAACUUGAAGACAGGGUG